AUGGCUGAGCGGCUGUCGGAGGAGAAGAUCGCCGAAUUCAAGGAGGCUUUUUCCCUUUUCGACCGGGAUGGAGACGGUUGCAUCACCACAAAGGAGUUGGGCACCGUCAUGCGCUCAUUGGGGCAAAACCCCACCGAAGCGGAGCUGCAGGACAUGGUGGGGGAGGUGGAUGCCGAUGGCAGCGGCACCAUCGAUUUCCCCGAGUUCCUCUCGCUGAUGGCAAGGAAGAUGAGGGACACGGACAGCGAGGAGGAGAUCCGCGAGGCUUUCCGCGUCUUUGAUAAGGACGGCAACGGCUACAUCAGCGCGGCAGAGCUGCGGCACGUCAUGACCAACCUGGGCGAGAAGUUGACGGACGAGGAGGUGGAUGAGAUGAUCAAGGAGGCCGACUGCAACAACGAUGGCCAGGUCAACUAUGAGGAGUUCGUGAGGAUGAUGACGGAGAAGUGA